CCAAGUGCUCUGACCAGCCAGCACUGCUGGCUUCUGGACCUGCCCUCUGGGCUCUGUUUGGGGCCAAAGUUCCCCAGGAGAGGUUGAGUCCGUAACUCGCCCUCCCCAGCGUCCUGCAUCCUGAAGGGUUUUCGGGUCUGCCCUUCUGCUGGAGCGGAGCACAGAAGACUUUUGCAUUUCCUGGGCCCGAGAACAAGGCGAGAGGCAGCAGACCACAUGAGGCUGUGGCUGAGAGGCCCCGUCCUCCAGGCGCUGAGGAGCUCCCGGGGAUUCUGCAGGUCUCGUGGGCACCUGUCACCUCUCCCUGACCCCCAGAAGAUUGUGGCCACGUGGGAAGCCAUCAAUCUGGGGAGGCAGCCAGUGCCUGAAUACUUCAACUUUGCCCAUGACGUGCUGGAUGUGUGGAGUCAGCUGGAAAAGGCUGGGCACCGGCCCCCGAAUCCUGCUUUCUGGUGGGUGGAUGGUAAAGGAACGGAGGUCAAGUGGAGCUUUGAGGAGCUGGGAAAUCAGUCAAGGAAGGCAGCCAACAUUCUGGAGCGUGUGUGCGGCCUGCAGCCCGGGGACAGGAUGAUGCUGGUGCUCCCAAGACUUCCAGAGUGGUGGCUGGCCAGCGUGGCGUGUAUGCGGACAGGUGUCGUCAUGAUUCCUGGUAUCUCCCAGCUGACGGAGAAGGACCUCAAGUACCGGCUGCAGACAUCCAAGGCCAAGUCCAUCAUCACCAGUGACUCCCUAGCCCCGCAGGUGGACGCCAUCAGUGCUGACUGCCCAUCCCUCCAGACCAAGCUUCUGGUGUCCGACAGUGGUCGCCCAGGCUGGAUGAACUUCAGGGAACUCCUGCAAGACGCAUCUUCAGAGCACAAGGGCGUGAAGACCAAGAGUCGAGAUGCGCUGGCCAUCUACUUCACCAGCGGGACAACGGGGACCCCCAAGAUGGUCGAGCACUCCCAGUGCAGCUACGGACUGGGCUUUGUGGCCUGUGGAAGGCAGUGGAUGACCUUGACCGAAUCGGACAUCUUCUGGAACACCACUGACACUGGUUGGGUGAAGGCAGCCUGGACUCUCUUCUCCGCCUGGUCUAAUGGAUCUUGUGUUUUUGUGCAUGAACUUCCUCGAGUUGAUGCCAAAGUUAUCCUAAAUACUCUCUCCAGGUUCCCAAUAACCACCCUCUGCUGUGUCCCAACCAUCUUCCGGCUGCUUGUGCAAGAGGAUCUGACAAGGUACCGGUUCCACAGCCUGAGACACUGUGUGUGUGGGGGAGAGGCCCUCAACCCUGACGUGAGGCAGAAGUGGAAGUGCCAGACGGGCCUGGAGCUUCAUGAAGGCUACGGGCAGUCGGAAACAGUUGUGAUCUGUGCCAAUCUGAAAGGCUCCACCAUCAAGUCUGGGUCCAUGGGGAAGGCCUUCCCGCCCUACAACGUGCAGAUUGUGGAUGACGAGGGUGUGGUCCUGCCUCCCGGAGAAGAGGGGAACAUCGCCGUGCGUGUCAGACCCACCCGGCCCUUCUGUUUCUUCAAUUGCUACCUGGACAAUCCCGAGAAGACGGCUGCCUCAGAACGAGGCGACUUCUACCUCACAGGGGACCGAGCCCACAUGGAUGAGGACGGCCACUUUUGGUUCGUGGGAAGAAGCGAUGAUGUGAUCAACUCUUCGAGCUACCGAAUUGGACCUGUGGAAGUAGAGAGCGCCCUGGCCGAACACCCGGCUGUGCUCGAGUCUGCUGUGGUCAGCAGCCCAGACCCCAUCCGGGGGGAGGUGGUAAAGGCAUUUAUAGUUCUUUCUCCAGCCUACUCCUCUCAUGACCCGGAAGCACUAACCCGGGAACUCCAGGAGCACGUGAAAAAGGUCACUGCUCCGUACAAGUACCCCAGGAAGGUGGCUUUUGUUUCAGAACUGCCAAAGACAGUUUCCGGAAAGAUCCAAAGGAGUAAAUUGAGAAGCCAAGAGUGGGGGAGAUGAGGGGCCACCCCAGAACGGCCCCAUAACCCUCCUCUAAGGGCUCCAGAGGGAUGUGGUGGGGUCGCCGGUCAGCCAGCCCCUGCCUGGAACAUCGUCCUCACAACCCCAUAGACAUGAAGGCACUCAACUCCCACGUGGGCAGCUCCGGAUCCGCGGAUGACCCUGGAAACAAACGGAAGAACAUCACUGAGCCAGAGCACACGGUCACUCAGCUUCCCCCUGUGCCUGGAGGCUCCUCGGCAUCUUCCCACUGAUCCCCAGCAAAGGCAGGUCACCGUAGCCUUGGGUGCUGUGGCCUCAGUCACUGCCGGUGGAAGUGUAAAGGAUUAACCCUUUACAUGAAACCACGGGGUCAUACACCCAGACCCUAGAAUUGGCCAUACCCUUUAGAAAUUCCAUCUCUGGGAAUUAAUACAAAUGAAAGGAUUCAAAAUGUAGAAAAUGUCUGGUGCACCAAGAUGUUCACUGUAGGAUUGUUUAAAACUGAAGAAAGGAAUCGAUGUCAAAGCCAGAGGGAAACGAUCGUGGCACAGUCAACUCGAUUGCUUAUUUCGUGGCCAUUGGCAGAGUUAAGGGAACCCGUCAUUACAUGAGCUAUAUUGUUUUAAACAUUGGAACAAAAAACAUUUGCAUAGUGGAGAAUCACAACCCUGAAAAAUAAAGGAAAAACAGUAGCUGGAAAAACAAAUGGAAAGAAAUACAUUCGAAUGUUUGUGGUAAUUUUCCUGAAAAUUGAGGAGAGAGGGAAAAUAACUUUUUUCUUUCCUUUUCUCGAUGCAUUUCUGUAUAUUCCAAGAUGUCGUAUUAAGGAGACACAACUAUUUUGAUGAAAAAGUUAUUUUAAAGAAACAAUCUUCCUGAAGCACCUCCUGCCCGUGUCUAGUUCUUCCUUCACACAUCAAUGCUUUGCCCUCAAG